UUCCUGUUGCUGUCGUUCCGUCCGGCCGGCAGGGGGCGCCGGCGGGAGAGCCGCGUCCUUAUAAGCGCGUCCGGGAAGACGCGUGUUUGUUCAGUAAAAACGAAGCAAGGGUAAAUGUACGCGAACACGGCGGGCGCAUUGGUUAAAAGAAACCCACGGAUGAAAAAUAAAACUACAUUUCUAAAUGGAGGAAACGUGUUGUUCCAGAGAGAUGCAGUGACUGUCCAGAUAACAGAGCCAGGUUUACGGGGGAUCCCACUGACGCAGGAAAGAUUUGCACUUUUCUGCCAGCCGAGGACCACUUCAAACCGACAUGUCUCAUCGAGGAACUUUAACCGCUGUCAUAACGACGGUGCUGGGAGCGACCUUAGGCGGGCUGCUGGUCUGGCGAGUUUACCGAACGAAGCGGAAGAGGCUGCCUCCCGUCCAGGAGGCGGGCGAUCUUCUGCGGGCGCCGUGUCCUGUGGAAAAGGACUCCGCGGCUGAGGAGCAUCAAACCGACCAACCAACACAUCCUCUUCCGGAGGAGGAGUUCCAGGCUGCAGAGUGUCCGACCACGCAGCAGCAGCAGCCGCCGCCGCCGCCGCCGCCUCCUGCGCCGGUGCCGUCUUCUGAGGAGCUGCUCGCUGUGACACCGGUGACUGUGAGCUCUGAGGAGGAAUGGCAGCGGCUGUGGCCGCUGAUGCAGAAGGAGCUGUCGGUCUUCCCUGUGCUGGGGCUCGACUGCGAAUGGGUAAAGGCCACCGGCGUGUCCGUGAAAGGCCGAGCCUCCGCCGUCUCCUUGCUGCAGAUGGCCACGUACUCGGGUCUGUGCGUCCUGGUGAGGCUGCUGGCGUUUCGCAGCGCCCAGCAGCCGUUCCCCCUCAGCCUGAUGGAGGUCCUGCGAGACCCGCACGUCCUGAAGGUCGGCGUCGGCUGUUAUGAAGACGGCAAGCGCCUGACGCGAGACUACGGCCUGUCGCUGACCUGCACGGUGGACUUGCGCUACCUUGCCUUGAGACAAAGGCAAGCUGUAGUGAACAACGGCCUCAGUCUGAAGUCUCUGGCUGAAGAUCUGCUCAACGUGUCACUGGAUAAAUCCCUGGAGCUGCGCUGCAGCGACUGGGAGGCGGAUCAGCUGACGCUGAAGCAGAUGAAUUACGCUGCCAGAGACGCCCAGGUCUCCAUCGCGCUCUUCCUCCACCUCCUCGGCCUCGACGCGCCCGGCGGCGGCGGCGGCAGCGGCGGCUCUUACUCCGAGUUGGCCGCCCGCUGCCAGGGCCUGGUGGACGCUCCCUUCAGGAGCCGAGGGGACGGCGAGGACAGGCCGCCCGACGGGGAGAGGCGACGCAGGACCAGGAAGCCGGCAGCUUUUGAAAGCCCGGAGUCUGGAGAUCAACAAGUCCCAGACCCUCGAAAGCACAAGAGGAAACCGCUGGGAGUGGGCUAUUCGGCCAGGAAGUCUCCUCUCUACGAUAACUGCUUCCUGCACGCUCCCGACGGCCAGCCGCUGUGCACCUGCGACAAGAAGAAAGCCAAAUGGUACCUAGAUAAAGGAAUAGGAGUGCUCCAGAGCGAAGACCCCUUCGUGGUGAGGCUGCUGUUUGAGCCGUCGGGACGUCCCGACUCCCAGCAGGACUACUAUCUCACGGCCAAGGAGAACCUGUGCGUGGUCUGUGGCAAAGCGGAUUCCUACAUCAGGAAGAACAUCGUGCCCCACGAGUACCGACGGCACUUUCCCACCGAGAUGAAGGACCACAACUCCCACGACAUCCUGCUGCUCUGCACCAGCUGCCACGCCGCCUCCAACGUGCACGACGGCUUCCUGAAGCAGCGCCUGGCCGAGGAGUUCGCCGCCCCGCAGGGCUGCGAGGAGGGGGUCCGCCCGCUGGAGGACUCUGACCGCCGGCGGGUGCGCUCGGCGGCGCGCGCUCUGCUCACCGCCGGGGAGGCGCUGCCGGAGCUGCGGCGGGACGAGCUGCAGGCUCUGAUCAGGAGCUUCCUGGGGGAGGAGCGGGAGCUGACGGAGGCGUCGCUGCAGCAGGCCGCCGCUCUGGAGACGAGGAUCUUCAACGAGGCGUACGUGCCUCACGGCCUGAAGGUGGUGCGGACCUGCGCCGAGCAGGGCCUGCGGGGCCUGAUGGACCUGGAGCGCCGCUGGAGGCAGCACUUCCUCACCGCCAUGCGGCCCCGACACCUCCCCCCCCUCUGGUCCCCGGACCACAACCACAGCAAGUUCCUCCGCAAGUACGGAGAGGACCUGCCAAUCAAGCUCAACUGACUGACCGCGAGUCUUCUGUCGUGAACUAAUAAUCUGACGGCGUUGCCAGCAUGCGAAAGUGUGUGUGUGUGUGUUUGUGUGCGCGUGUGUGUGUGUGUGUGUGUGAGUCCACACGUUCUGUGUUGGACGCUGGAAGCCGUUUCACUCUUUACUUCUGGUGCCGGUGUGAAGCCGCUAGGUCGCCACCUGGAUCCUGAAGAACUUCAAGCAGAGGCUCCACUAGUGGGGGAAACACUCGACAUAAUGUGAUUGCAUAUGAACACUUUUUUUAUCAUGAAAAAUGUAUAAUUAUUUAUGAAAGGUAAAAAAUAAUUGAAUUUAAGAAAUGAUUUUUAGAGGAAGCUGCAGCCUGCUCUUAAUCCCCCCCCCUCCUUACCCCCCUCCCCUCCCACCCCUUUGUGCAGGUUUGCAGCUGUCGGUCUGAGAAUAGAAGCGUUGCCUUGCAGAGAGGUUCAUCCUAACGGGACCUUAAAUGUUCUGCCCCCCCGCUGUUUUUUGUUUUUUCCGGUCUGUCGUCUGUUUUAAGUCGAUAGAGGAAAGUAGAAGCACCUGGGGGCGUAAACGUGUCCCAUCUCGUUGAGACGUUGGCCGUCUUGGUUCAUCAUUUCAAACUCGUGGUGUUAACGCGGUGCUGCCGGUCCUCCCCGAGGGAGGGAGGGGGGGGGGGACAUCUUCCUGGCUCGUGUUUUAAUGUGCCUCUUAAUCCCCCGAACCCGACCGGAGCCCCGACCGGAGCCCCGCGCAGCGCCGCGUCUGCACUUUACAGCCGUUCUGCCGCCAUGACGUCGAUUCUACACACUCCACAAAAUGCACAGUGAAAGAAAAGAGGCCGACUCUUGAUGCGAUUUAGAAAAUGACCCAAAAAGCCCUUUUUUUUUUUUUUUUGUGAGGCCGGUGCCUCGUUUCUCGCGCGAUGGUUCUUCACACAGCAGCUGCUUGGUCUCUUCUCCCUGAAGCUGUUCUGUUUUCCUAAAUGGUGAAUGAUGCAAAAAUUAAAAAAAAAAUCAUGUUUAUUAA